UUUUUCUCAUUUAACCAUUCUCGAACUGUCUCUCACUUCAGAAUAGCCACUGGGUUUAUAGAUUCAGUUGCCUUAAGGCUCUCUUUAAAUGCCUUUUACUCAUACUCAUUAAACUUUAAAUCUUUAAGGCAUUGUUGGGUUCGUCUUCAAGAACACAAAGCUAAUUUUUUUGCUGAUUUUUGAUUGUUAAAAUGGAUGUAUUUGAUGAGAAUAAUCCUAAUAUUAUGGCAAAGCCCACAAAUUUGCAAGGAGUGGAGAUGGGUGCUAAAAAGUUUGGGCAAGUCAGCAACAGAAGAGCUUUGAAUGUGUUAAAUCAGAAUCUUGUCAAGAGAGGAUUAUCAGAAAAUGGUGGAAUUUGUGAGAAAAAACAGCUUAAUCCUGGACAUAGACCAGUUACAAGGAAAUUUGCAGCACAAUUGUCAAGUACACAUCAGAAUUACACCCAGGAGAGCAAAAAGCUUAAACCUUCAGUUUCAAGCACCAAUGGAUUUGGAGACUGUAUAUUCAUAGAUGUAGAACAAAAUAAUAAGGCAGCUGAUGAAGAUCACCCAGUCCCCAUGUCUUUAGAACAAACAGAACAAUUAGUUGAUGAAAUGGAGGUUGAAAUGGAGGAUAUCAUUGAAGAAGAACCAGUUGUUGUGGACAUUGAUGGCUGUGAUGCAAAGAAUCCACUUGCAGUUGUUGAAUAUGUAGAAGAUUUGUAUAACUAUUACAGAAAAAUUGAGAAUUUUAGCUGUAUCUCCCAAAAUUAUAUGGCUCAACAAUCUGACAUUAAUGAGAAGAUGAGAGCUAUCCUUAUUGACUGGCUUAUUGAGGUUCAUGACAAAUUUGAUCUCAUGAAAGAGACAUUAUUUCUUACUAUUAAUCUGAUAGAUAGAUUUCUAUCAAAGCAAUCAGUGGUAAGAAAGAAGCUUCAGCUAGUUGGGUUGGUUGCUAUGCUCUUAGCAUGCAAGUAUGAAGAGGUUUCAGUUCCAAUUGUUGGAGAUUUGAUUCUUAUUUCAGAUAAGGCUUACAACAGGACAGAAAUUCUUGAAAUGGAAAAAUUGAUGCUUGAUAAGUUACAAUUUAACAUAUCAUUACCAACUCCAUAUGUUUUCAUGCAAAGGUUCCUCAAAGCUGCUCAAUUUGAUAAGAAGCUUGAGCUACUGUCAUUCUUCUUCAUCGAGCUUACACUUGUGGAGUAUGAGAUGCUGAAGUUUCCACCAUCUUUAUUAGCAGCUGCAGCAAUCUACACUGCUCAGUGCACUCUCUACGGCUCCAAGCAAUGGAGUAGGACUUGUGAAUGGCACAGUAACUAUUCAGAAGACAAACUUAUAGAAUGUUCAAGAUUAAUGGUUGGUUUGCAUCAGAAGGCAGGGACAGGAAAAGUAACAGGAGUAUACAGAAAAUACAACACAUCUAAGUUUGGAUACACUUCUAAAUAUGAAGCAGCUAAUUUUCUAUUAGAAAUAACAGAAGAAGCUACUUGAAGUGGGGUUUGGUUGGUGGAUUGACUGAUUGAUUUACACACAAUAAUCUGCAACAUUCUUUGGUUGUCAUCUUUAUUUAUGUUCUGCUCCAUUUGAGCGUAAAUUUGUAUGUUCCAUUUUAAUUCUAAUACAAUAAUCUCAUUGAUAUUA